GAUAAAAAAGUAUUUCGAAAUUUCUAAAAUUAGGAUCAUUUUUAUACACGGACUUGGAGUUUAUAUUUUAAUGACGAUAGAUUUUUUUAUUUAAGCGAGUGUUCUUGAAAUUUAAAAUACAAGAAUAUGAUAUAUAUUUUUUGUAUUAUAUUCACUGAGCGGGUAUAUUGAUAAAUUUGAGAGUAUUUAGUACAAAAAACGGGUACAAAGAUAACGUGUUAGAUCGAGUACAGUUAAACAAAACAGAAGAUAUAUAUUAGGAAGAAAAGGAUAUUCUAAAAGAUCAUUUUUAGUCAUUUUGUGUGAAGCAUCAUGGGAUUGCUGACGUUUGCCGGAAGGAUAGUUCUUGUUGUCAUUAACAUCUUUUUUAUGCUUGCUUCAUUGGCGCUGAUUGUGGCUGGAUUUGUGAUUCGGUUUGCACAUGACUGGCUACGACCUAGAGUGAGUGCUAUUCUGGACGAAAUAGAGACUAAAGUACAGAGUGCAUACGGAGAUGCCAGUUUCAACACGGACAAUUUUGAGUUCGGGUCCCUAGUGGGAACAUUAUGUUAUAUAAUGAUAUCGUUGGGCGUGGUCCUUCUUGCGAUAUCCUUCCUGGGGUGUUUCGGGGCAUGUUGUUCAUUCACAACAGUCAUGCUGGUGUAUUCAAUAAUAGUGAUAGCUUUGCUUGCGGGUCAAGUUGUUAUUGUCAUUUUGGUGUUUGGAGCUCCAGAUACGAUAAAAGAUCGGAUGAAGACCAACAUGAAGGACACUAUGAGUGACUAUGACGGCAUACAAGGAAAAAGUGUGUCGGCUUUGGGCUGGAACUGGGUGCAACAAGAAUAUGACUGUUGCGGUGCUGAAAGUUACGCUGAUUUUGAGGCAAAGGGUAGUCCAUAUAAAGAUUCAGCCACAAACGACAACGCAGCCAUGAGUGGUAGUACAGGAGAUGUAUAUGCACCUGUAGCCUGCUGCAAGACUCUACCUACAUCUGAUUCUGAGAGAACUACAUGUGCUGGAAACGGAGCUCUGCCUAGCGAAACUAACAGCAAUCUCAAUACUGGGUGUGUAAAUAAGGUAUGGGAGCAAGUUGUGGAAGACAACUCCCUGUAUUUCUGGUUGGCAAUCGGGUUUUGUUUUGCCUUUCAGAUUGUGCUCAUCUUCUUUGCCUGCCUUGUCUUCAAGAACCGGGGUGUUACCGGCGGUCUUGUGUAGUCAGAACAAAAAUUGCUCAAUUAAUUGCAAGAAGAAGUGGUCUUCGUUUCGUCUGUGAUAUAUACUUCACGUCUUUCUCUACGAUAGGUUUAUUCUCUACUGACUAUUGUAAUGUUAACGUGCAUUUUCUCGAGAAUUUCUUCCUGUGAUUGCCAGAAUUACAUAUACGUUAUAAUCUGCUGUAAGACUUCCGGAUGUUCUAGUAAGAACAUGUUAGAAAAUCAACAACCAACUGUGAAAAGGUUUUAUUUUUCAAAAACUUGUCACCCACUCUGGUAGAAAUUUACCAAGGAACCGAAAACAAUGAAAAUUAUUUCAAAAUUUUUACAGAUAUUUCAAAUAUUUACACAAAGGUGUUAUAAAUGUAUCAAUGUAAAAGAAAAUAAAAAAAAAACUUGCAUAAUUUUAGGUCAAGAUAACAUUACUGUAUUUAUUUGUAUGUUUGUUAUUAUUGACAGCUUUUAAGUAUUUAAGCUCAUCUUGAAAACGCAUGAUAAUUUCUAUAUUUCUAUUUGAAAAAGACAUAAAUACAGUUAUAUCAAAUGGUAUAACACAGUGGUAAUAUGCACAAGAAGUAUCUACUUUAUAUUUGUCAAUAUUCUCACUUGCCUAUUGAAGAAAAGGUUUCCACCUUUUUCCUUACCCUAAUGAAUGAUUACUUUCAACUCGAAAUAAAAUGAAGCUAUGCAUUUCCGUAUGAACAUCCUAGUUAACAUUGUCAUAUAUUACCAAUAAACAUAUUUGAUCUGUGGAUAA